AGAAAUUGACGAGACGAGUUGAAAUGAUAUCCAAUCAGAAUGGUGAAAAAACGUCACGCAGGCAAGGUGGCGGUGUCAAUAUUGUCGUUGAGCUUGCUUUUGUUGCCAUGAAGUCACUGGUGUUGUUCUAGCUAUCAGAAAGCCACUAUAUGUAAGAUUGUCUCCUACCAAGACAAACAUUUAACAACACAUAUAUAUCUGAAUGUUCCGCAUGGUUCUGAACGCGUCUACUAGUAUACCUUGCGUUACGUCUGGAAUCCUGCGUUCAUCUGCGCAGCUUUCAUUCUCUCCACUGGUUCUAUUCCGAGAGUAGUUAGCGGCAGAGCGCUUUCGAAACAGCACCAACUCAAAGCAGGGUUAGGGUUGAUCUUAUACCUUAUGUCAGGCUGAAGACAGUCCGAGCCACCACUGGUACUGACACAGAGAGAGGUUUAGUAAAGUAGGGCUGGACACAGGUGGACUUUCACGUCGUCGGCGUUGUGACAACAACAUAGACCAACGCAAUGAGCAGCGAUAAUGAACUCCGCUUUGAUCCAAAGGAGCACCAGCACCUGCGCUACAAUCCCCUCCGGGACACGUGGGUUCUGGUGUCGGCCCACAGGAUGAAGAGACCUUGGAGUGGCCAGGUGGAGAAGGAAGAGGAGGACCAAGUACCUCAACACGACCCAAACAACCCCCUCUGUCCUGGGAACACCAGGGCCAACGGAGAGGUGAACCCAGACUACAACAACACAUUUGUGUUUGAGAAUGACUUCCCAGCCCUGCAGCCUAAUGCUCCUGACCCAGGAUAUAACCAACAUCCACUGUUCCAGUCUAAAGCAGCCAGGGGCGUCUGCAAGGUGAUGUGUUUCCACCCCUGGUCUGACGUCACACUGCCUCUCAUGACGCUUCCUGACAUCAUCAAAGUAAUUGACAAGUGGGCAGAACUGAUGGUGGAUCUAGGCUCCACCUACCCCUGGGUCCAGAUCUUUGAGAAUAAAGGAGCCAUGAUGGGCUGUUCCAACCCCCAUCCUCACUGCCAGGUGUGGGCCAGUAACUUCCUGCCUAAUGAAGCCACCCUGUCGGACCGCUGUCAGAGAGAAUACCUGAAGACCCACGGAGAACCUCUACUGCUGCAGUACGCUAAGAUGGAGGCAGAGAGACGGGGGCUUUAUUGGCAUGGGGAAACAUGUGUUAACAUUGCCAAAGCAAGUGAGGAGCGUGUAGUGGUGCAGAAUGCUGAUUGGCUGGCUGUGGUUCCAUACUGGGCCACCUGGCCGUUCCAGACGUUGCUGUUACCACGGAGACAUGUCCAGAGACUGACUAACCUCACCGCCCAGGAGAGAGAGGGACUGGCCUCCAUUAUGAAGAGACUCUUGACUAAAUAUGAUAACCUGUUUCAGAUCUCCUUCCCCUACUCCAUGGGCUGGCACGGCGCCCCUACCGGCCCCUAUCUUAAAGAGGACCAGUUCCACUGGCAGCUCCAUGCUCACUAUUACCCCCCCCUGCUCCGAUCUGCCGGCGUACGCAAGUUCAUGGUGGGAUAUGAAAUGCUGGCGCAGGAACAGAGAGACCUUACACCUGAACAGCAGGUCAUCCACCAGGGAGAGACUCAUCAAGGCCCGGUGACAGACAGAGUAUACAUCACGAGGCGAUGGCUCCAUCUGCUGGACCUGCCAGGUCUCCACGGGUUCUCCUCCCAGUACUAAUUGGAGCUGAUGGGGGAGUUGGCUGCUGAACGACUGAGGAACCUUCCAGAAGAACACUACAAGACCAUUGAGAAGGCAGGAGAGAUUGGUGGAGAGACACCUCUGACCCUACCACGUCACACCUCUACCAAACCUCUGACCCUACCACAUAUCUGACUCUACCACACCUCUGACUCUGCCAUACCUCUGACUACCACAACUCUGACCCUACCACACCUCUGAUCCUGACCCUACCACACCUCUGAUCCUGACCCUACCACACCUCUGACCCUACCACACCUCUGACCCUACCACACCUCUGACCCUACAACACCUCUGACCCUACCACACCUCUGACCCUACCACACCUCUGAUCCUGACCCUACCACACCCCUGACCCUACCACCACUCUGACCCUACAACACCUCUGAUCCUACCACCACUAUGACCCUACCACACCUCUGACUCUAACUCUGUCACAGGAUCAUCAACUAGACUCAGCAGCAUACCGCCAGUUGGUGAACCCUGGUCUAUCACAUUGACAUUAGAUAUUAAAGUAUGAAUAACAGGAAGUGCCUAUCAAAACAGUUUGAUACAAAUACUACUAGAUCUCUUUUUGGGAUGAAUUUGGAGGGAAGAGAAAUAUAUAACAUUGCUGAUGGUGCCUUCAGAAAGUUUCACACCCCUUGAGUUUUUCCACAUUUUGUUGUGCUUCAGCCUGAAGUAAAAUGUAUUAGAUUAAGAUUUUAUGUCACUGGCCUACACACACUACCCCAUACUGUUAAAUUGGAAUAAUGUUUGUAAAUUGAUAAAAAUAAAAAGUUAAAAUGUCUUGAA